AUGGCUCCAGUUCACGGGACGUGCAGCAGAAACACAGAGACGUCAGAGCGCGACAUGAGGGGACCGACCAGGAGGAAGAGGAGGAGGAGGUGCAAAGGCAAAGGUCAGUAAAGAGGGCGUGCUUUUCUGGAGUUUGUUUGAGGGACUGAAUGACUUUUAAGAUACAAACGUGUGAAGAUUUUAAAGUCACUUUUUAACAUCUUUGAUUUUUGUUCUAAAAAGUUCCUCUAAUGUGUCUUCUGUCUCUUGAGUGGUUUUAUUUUUGUACUUUAAUCUCCAUCAUGUUUGUACAUUCAGGACGAGUGCUGUUUCCAUAUUAUCUAUCAUAUAAAUAAAGCUGUUGAACAGCUACAUUAAUCUGCAAAGAAGGAUGAAUUAUAUUACAGUCCAUCUAAGGAAAGGUAGUCCAAACUUUAUAUAAAACGUCUGCAGUUCUCUUCUAGUGUUUAUAGAAACUUACAUGUCUGUAAGUUUAUUUAACAGACGGUUUAAACGUCUCUUUCAUUUGUGUUUUAAUUCCAUUGGCAAAUUAAUCCAGAAUGACCAAAAUCUUUAUGAAUUGUUCUGUUCACUUAUUUUAAGACAAGAACUUUUUGUACCAAUCUGAAGUCUUGAUUUUCGUCACUUCUCGGACCACAAGAAAUAAAAAACAAAAAAGACAGAAAUCAGGCUGAGAGCUUAGAUGUUACCAACAGUGGACCAGUGCGGCUUGCGUACAUGGCCAUGCUUUUAAGCUAACUGCUAAAUUGCUAUCAUACAUCAAAACAAUCAAAAUCAAAAGAUAACGAGGUAAUGCCUGCUGUGUCGUACAAACUAAAAGGUUCAGAGCAGGAAAGUUGUUUGUGUUUUCACUGUUUGACAUACAACUCGUCAGACUCUAGACUCUGUGUUUGCCGAUUGUUUUGGUAUGUGACAUAAUGGGUCUACCAGGACGGGGCUCAAUAGUGACAAACCGAAAGGGGGCAUGUCGCCACCUAGGUGGGCAUUCUGUCUCUUGGUGCUUAUGUACUGGGACAAGGAUGGCUGUCCAAUUAAGUCACCCAUUGGAUUAGAUGGUUAACCGUUGCUUGACUCUAGCUAGCUAGCUUACUACGCUUCCUUAUUGUACUUUUUGACAUCCAUAUUUAGUCAACCAAACAAUCUAAUAUAAUCACUCUCAGCACUAGAAUUUUGAGAUGUUUUGUGAUAUGUGUUAUAUUGUGAUUUUAACAUAAAGUAAAAAGUCGAUUGUAAUUUUGGAUUUUGGGGUGGCCAAUCAAAUUUCAAGGAAGGCCAUGGCCACCCCUGGAUCUGCCCCUGGUGGCUCUACAUACAGGCCAAGUAUUUUACCCUUUAUCACAGAAGAAAAUCUCUUCACACUUAAUAUUCUUUGGUACCGUUUUAGUUUAUUGAUUAUUUUGAUUGGAUAAUGACGUCAGUGGUACUUCAACGAGUCUUUAAUCCAGAGGUUGUUGGUUAAUGUUCUUGAUCAUUGAACAUUUUACCCAGAAAAAUAAGAAUAGAAGUAAAGAUAUGUAUUGACAGCAUCUCUGAUAACUGCUUGGUAAAAUGUCUCAAAGUGGAGGAAACCUCAGAGAGUAAAUAAGAAGUUUAGAGACUCACCUGUUCACUACAUCAACUCUGUAUAAAAUGUUUGUGCGUAUAUAAAAUGUCUCAUCAUGGUGCGAGCUCUGUUUUAUCAUAAUUACAGUCCUCUGGGCAACAGGUCAGCCUUUUAGGAUUAAUCUCGCAUUGUUCUCCUCUUGCUAAUCCUCCGUAAAUGCUGCAGAUUACUCUGUGAUGGCUUUUGUAUUAACUCCAAUGGUUAUUCAAAGAGCUCUAAGCCUAUUCCACUCUCAUUAAUGACCCAUCGGUCUUUUUUCGGUGCAUCAGCGCUGCAAGAAAAAACGCCAUUUGAGAAAUAAAUGCCCCCAGAAAUUCAUCGCUCAAUGCCUCUCUGGAAAUCCUGUCGUUUUAAGGCCAGAAUGCUCUCGGUAAUGCUUCCACCGUAUCCAACAAUGACAUGUACUUCAGCACCAGCUGUCAGCGUGGAAACAGAAGGGUGUUUAAAUGGAGUAGAGUCCACUGAUGAACGGUCAGCAAAAUGAACUAGAGGAAGACAUUUACUGUGAAGGUAUCUAAGCACUCCUGAUUGUGCCUUCAAAUAGCACCAUCGUUCCUGGAGUGUUAGUGAUCCUCCAUAUUCAGUCAGACCCAGGUCAUCUUCCACUGUUGUUGGAAAAAAAGCCAAAAACAUCCGUCACUUUAAUGCUCGUAAAAAUGCCCAAAGGAUCUUCUCGCUGAGUCCACCCACUCAAACCAUCAUGCUGUUCGUUUGCUUUAAAAACAUUCACAGGCAUAUGGUGAGGUCUGUUUGGUCUCAGAAGCUGGAAGUUUAUUUGGUACAACAUCUGGAAUUCCAACUCAGAAACUCUGAGAAACUUUUACCUGUUACUACCACUCCCAAGGUCAAUGGGAUGCAUCAAUAUUGCACUGAUAGAGCUGAAGCAAACACACAUUUAACCUCGAGAUAGAACGACGAAGACUCUAAAGCAGCAGAACAGAUUCUUGUGACAGGACAAAAAUGAGCGUUUGCCUGUUAAAUCCCCUUCUGCUGCUCCUCAGUCUCAUGUUUCAAACCAUCAUUUGUUGGAAACUAUUCGAUUGUCCCGUUUUCAUCGAGGAUUAUGAUCCUCCAGCAUGGAACAAACAGCUGCUCCCUGUGACGGCUCUGUCGGUGGUUUUGAUGAUGGCGUGUUUUUGGACAUAUCUGUAGAUUGGAUGCUUUUUGGAUAAGUAAGCCGAGCAGUCAAAGUUAGUAGGGCAUGCCAGUGUGUAAUUUCACUGAUGGAUUCUGCAAUCACCACACUUCUCUGGGGCUCUGGCUUCAUGGAAACAUUAGCAAUAUGGUUUGUGUGGCCAUUUAGCUUAAUUGCAGAGACGCUCAGCGGGUACAGUGUGGUACUAACUCUGAGGGAGUUUGGGAGUGCGAGGGAUUGUGGAAGGGACUGCUGCUGACGGUGCUGGGGCUUGAAUUUUAAACUCUAAUUCAGCUGAAAGGCAUGGAAUGGGAAAUAAGAUUUUCUCUGAGAAACUUUCCUAUGCCUUCAGUAUUUUCUCUGUUAAACUCAAGUAGAAAUACAAAUAUCAGCGCCUACAAAUAUAUAAAACACUGAAACCACAUUUUACUCGACAAAAUUCACCAUCAGACUCAUGUCCAGUUGGGAUAACAACAGACACCCUAAUCUACUAUGUACCUGUGCACUAAUAAAACCACAUCAUUUUGAGAUUGGAUGAGAGGGGUCAGGGUGGGGUGGGAUGGCAUCAGGUUGUAAAAGGUGGUGAGGUAUGAAAGGACAAGGUAGGGAAGGAUGAGGUUGGUUAGGUGAGAAGGAAAAAAGGAGGAAUAAGGUUAUCGAAGGUUUGGGUGGUGUAGGGUGGACUAAGAGCUGGUUCAAGUAGCAACAUAGACUGUAUACACUACGGACAACUUGGUUCUGCCUUCCGCCUGUAUAUAGAUUUGAAGCCAAAAGGCUCUCUGUCAUUCCACAUUUUUUCUCCAUUUCCUGAAACCAAUAUUGCGCAGUAGUGUUGUACGCAUUCCACCGCUUGCGCAGUAGCAUUGUGCGCAUUGGGCAGGAGAGUUGCCGAGAGUCGCUGUGAUGACGCUCAGCUCAUACAACGGGUGAGCUACGCAAUCUUCGUACACCUGUAGGCAGAAAAGAGGGGACUUGAGCACAAACCAGUCUUACAGUAACUACAUGUCAACAUCGCAACCAGGGGGGAGAAAUAUUUAUGUUCUGUGUAAUAAAUUUCUAAAGUUUGUCCACAGCUCCAUUAGGAUGGCUAGCGGAGGCGGGAUUUAUGACCUAUACCCCAGCGUGUCACCAGGGUGUGCUAUUCUUAGAGUGGCUUCACACAGUGAAGAGACAGAGGGCGUCCACUCUAUGUACACUCUAUGAGUAACAAGUAGACCUGCCUUAUUCAACCACUGUCACAGCUGUGAUGGCCGAGUGGUUAAGGCGUUGGACUCGAAAUCCAAUAGGGUCUCCCUGCGCAGGUUCAAACCCUGCUCACAGCGAGCUCGAUGUUACGAGUUUAAUGUUACUAAAAACUAAAUGAGGGUUAAGGUAUCUUAUAAACUCUGACAUCAGCAAGAGGCACUGUUAUGUAUUUGCAACAGAUUCCUCUGACAGUCAUAUAGAGUAGAAAACAUGAAUAGAAUAGAAUGUCACGGAAUGGAAUAGAACAGAUCAAAGCAUGGAACUGAAUCAAAGAAUGGAAUGGAAUGACAUCACUGGAAUGGAACAGGUAUUGAAUAGACUGGCUUUAUUGUUUUUAUAGAGUCCUAUGAAAUAAAAGGAACCUCAUUUAAAAUUGUUCAAACUUUCAGGCGUCUUCAACUAAAACAGCAUCCUCUUAGUUAAUAAAAAAUCAAUAGACAUCGCUCAGUUUGGAAAGUGGAGUACUUCUCAUUGAGUUUCGUGUGACACCCAGUGAGAAUAAAGAAGUUACUCACUCUUCUUUUCUACACUGUAUGAACCUUGGCUGGCUGUGCGUCUGUACUCUGAACAGAAGAAAUGAUCAGGACCUCUUUGUCACCUUCAAACGCCGACCCAAGCAGAUUCAAUCACACUUGAACUGAGUCUACAUCAGCGCGUUGAUAAUGUUUGGACGUUAAGAUAACAUUUUAAAAACUCUUUGAUAACCUCACCCAGAUCUCUGAUGUCUGAUUGAAAUAAAAAAGAAUCAGUUUAAGGAGCCAGAUAUAGAGAGUCUAGAAUUAGAGCUGAAAAAGCUCAUCUGUGAGGCUGAUGAAGUGACAGUGAAGCAGCAGGCGAGGAGGGCAUUAAGGUUGAAACCGGGUCAUUUACAGCAGUCUGCUGUAGAUUAUCACCGCCAUCCUUAUUAUCUCUCAUUGCAGUUCAAUUGCACAUUAGCAAAUGUUUCAGGCAAUAAUGUCAUCACUCAUUUUCAAAUAAUGAUCAUCAGUGUGUUGAUUUGAAGGCAGGCGUUGAGCUGCUUUUGUUGCCUGGGUGUGAUUGGGUGAGUUUCUGCUCUGAACUAAAUUUAGACGUAGAAAAUCUCUGUCGUCUUUGUUCAGGAGAGGAAAUGAUCUGCGGUACACUCACAACUAGCAGUAACACUGGACAGUAAAUAUAUGACAACAGAAUAAAGUUUGAGAAAAUCUGAGAAACAAAAAAUUGGAAACAAGAUUCCUACCUGAACAUCGUCGAAGUUGGCGUCUGUUUCCAAAAGACUGGGCUUUAUGUACCAAUCCACUACUUCCUGAGCUACAGGCAGCGCCUUUAUUUCCUGUCUUACAACCUGAUUAAUCCAGAUGUGUCUGACUUGUCACAAUGAUUAGUCACAGUUGCCUUAUGAUGAGGAAGUAGUGGGGCUGUGCAUGAAGCCAAUUCCUUACACAGAAUCGCAGUUAUGAUGGUGGUUAAUUAUUGCUGAUCAGUACCAAGAUUAGGAAGAGCAAAGAGAGAGUUCCUAAUGAUCGCAAUUACUGUGAUUAGGGUUUGAACCUGCUCAGAGAGACCGCAAGAGAGUUUAAGUCCAAUGCUUUAACCAAUCAACCAUCACAGCACUGAUACUGCGUCUCUGAGUCAGAUUAUUUACUGUGAGGAAAAGGAUGCCGAUGGUCAGAAGACGAGUUAAGGAUGGCGCCCUCUAGUGGACCUGUUGUUUGACAUCUAUUCAAAUAUAAAGGAUAGCAGGAGCUGAUUUUUGUUCAUCAGAGGAGGAUGGAUUAUCCACUUUCCAACAACAGAUUGAUAUAAUCCCUGAGUCUGCAUACAGGGCAUGAUACCGAAUUGGAUGCUCCCUUUAUUCAAUCACAUUAAUCAUUUCAAUAUAGACGAUUAGGUUUUGAUUUCUCUACGCUGUGAGCAGGGUUUGAACCUGCGCGGGGAAACCCCAUUGGAUUUCGAGUCCAACGCCUUAACCACUCGGCCAUCACAGCUGUGAUAUCCAUUAAUCAAUAUACUAUAAGAACAAGUACUUGCAAAUCAUUGAUUAAGUGAUGAUUAAGAUUGUUUAUAGAGCUAAAAACUUAAUAUGAUCGACAGAGGCUUCCAUGGCAACAGACACUGAUCAGACAAUUUAACAUUAAAGCUCAUAUAAGGAGUUUUGUAGUAUUUAUAGAAUAGCUAGAAAUUCAUGUUGAUGCUUUUUAAUGACAUCUAAAAGCCUUUCAGACCAUCAGCAACAAGACUGACUGUAUUACCUCCUAAUCAAGUAUUUGACAUAAAGAACAGUGACGUUGAGAUCAGUAUAAUCUGAAGUUCGCAACAUCUCUCCUGCUUCUUUCAGGUUUCAUAAAGAAGCUUUAACCUCAUUUAUAUUUGAGCAUCAUCAAACUUUCAGACUGAGAUCGCUGUGAGCAGGGAUUGAACCUGCGCGGGGAAACCCCAUUGGAUUUCAAGUCCAACGCCUUAACCACUCGGCCAUCACAGCACAAACAAAAGACAUUUUCAGUUUGAUAUCACUCAGGAUUUAUCACGUCAAAAAUCAACAUCCACGACAACUCUUCCCACAGUCCUGAUUAGAUCUUUUCCUGAAGUCCAGAGAUCUCUUGUAAAUUCAAAAAGUGAUUCUCUGCCGUUAAAGGAUCAUGGCUGGAGGAAUGAUUGGACAAAGUUUCUGGUUUUCUUUACCCUUGAGGAAAGACAGUUCACGUUACAAAUAAAUGAAACCACUCGCCAUUAAUUAUACUGAGCAAACAAGAUUAUCCACAGCUGUCAAACCCACACACACACACUGAAGUGAGAGCUGGAGCUUCUUUCCUCUCAGCUGCCAAACCUAAUUUCAUUAUUCUAUUAAAUAAACCUCAUUAACAGCAGCUCAGUAAAGAAAUAAUGUGUCUGAGGUUUAAGAAACUUGAGCAGUGUGGGAUUUAAAAACAUACAAUCUCCUUCUUCUUCUUAUCAUCUCUUCUUCGUCUUUUGUUUAAUGCACUUUCUAUCACGGGUGAGUUAACGGUUAACUGUGCUGCAACAUGGCGAACUUUAAUCAAAGACAAACACGGUGAACGGCCCGAUCAUCUGUAAUCAUGCAGGUCAUUAUAACAUCUCCAGACUCUCAUCAGUGCUUCACAUCUCAUCUCACAGCGCUCGCCCAUAAAACCCGCCUCCUCCUAACAGCAUCACACGCCUGAUGGAACCGCAAGGUGCAAGGUUAAGACAGGAUGGCGAGGUGUGUGCUCUUCAUUAUCCAAACAGCUCUUCGUUUGCAUCGCUCUCGAUCACUCGGACACUUUGACUCCUGUCUGUUUACAAACCUGCUCACUUCUCUCACUCAGAGACAAACUUAACCCCUGAAUUCAUUUUUUUUCAACGCGUUAGCAGAUUUCAGUUUGUUGCAGGGUUAUGUAUAAAGCUCAUAGGAAAAUUUUUACCAGUCAACAUCCAGAGUUGAUUUGAAAAAAGAGAAAGUUUAUUAUAAUUUAAAAGGAUUUGAAAUAUUUAAAAAGCAAAGAAUCAGAACUAAACUGAAGGAGCGCUGUGUGACAGUGAGAGGAAUAAGUUUCUGGAACAAUCUGAACAAAGAAACUAAAGAAGCUAAAUCACAAUUUAUCUUCAAGAAAAGCCAGUAUGUUGAGUAAAGACAGGGAAAUAUGUUGAACUAAGUCUCGGUCUGUUUGUUUUGUGAAAAAAUGUGAAUUAACGUGGUCUUUACUGUUUGUUUUUGAAAAUAAGAAAUAAUGAACUGUAAAAGGCAUGUUGGCCUGCAGCUCUUGUUUAUUUCUGUGUUUAGUUGAUUCAUAUCUUAUGAAAGAGGGGCAGACUCUUCUUCUUUCUGCUCCUUUUCAUUCACGUUUGAGAUUUUUCCUUGUUUGUACUGAAUGUUUUAAAUAUGAACUGAAUUAAAUAAAAAAUAUGAAAAUGAAAAUAUCUGCCUUACAACAAUCAGAAUCAGAAUCAGAAGGGGUUUUAUUGCCAUUAUCAAUGAACAGGAUUCACAGACUAGGAAUUUUUUACGGCGUGAUGGUGCAACAUUAAACGGAGAAUAAUAUAUAAAAUACUAGAAGAGAAAAUAAUAAGAGCAUGCAGGACAUAUAUGAAGUAUAAAAGUACAAAAGGCUAUGUACAGUAAGUAUAACAAUAACAAAUAAUAAAGUAUUUAGUUAGUUUUUCUCACAUUUGUACAUGAAAAACCUUCUUUAUGCACUCUAGAAAUAAAAGUGAACAAUUUUUACAACAUAAAUUUACUUAUUUAGUGGAGAAAUAUAAAUCUAUUUUUAACAAAGUGCAAAUUUUUUUGGUAUAUUUUAUCAAACACUGAAAAAUGUCACUAAAUUAAAACAGUAAAUUAUAAAUAAAUGAACACAGAACAUAUCUGAAGAAUUUUGACUUACAGAUAACGAUAACCUUAAAAUGAAUAAUAAGGCCUCAUUUUUACCUUUUACCAUUAACCUAUGAUCAGCAGGUAAACUAGCCUCUGUGUCCUGUAUUCACCAUGUUUGUGUAUCUUUGUGUUUAUUUUCUUUUCCACGAGCUGCUGGACCAAAGCUAUUCAACGGUGGCAGGGCGCCUGAUAAAUCUAACUGGGAAAAAUGGGGUCACUAGUUUCAGAGGGGUGGUGGGGGCAAUGAGGAUAAACAGGUGAUCUAUUACAGACUCUGAGCUGCAGGUGUUUCCUCAGGCCAAACCCCCAGAUCAUAAGACGCGGAAGAUUUAGUGAGUUUGUAGGAGAAGAUAUCUGCAGUCUUCAUCUGAAAAGUCACAAUAAAUGUGUUUAUCUUCGUCUAUUUCAUCAGGGAACGUGAAAAUAUGCGGUGGAUUGUAAUCUGGACCAUUUAAUAAACUCAAACUGUCAAGGCACAAAACCUUUCAUAGUUUCUUUUUUUUUUCAGAAUGGAGAGACAUGUUACCAACCCUCAUCAGUCCGAGAAAACAGAGGGAGUUCACAGCUGAGGAUGCAGACUCUUCAAGUGAGUCUCUUUUUUUCCAUGUGCUGUAAAACUUCAGUAAAAUCUGUGACAUUUUAAAGCUCAUGUGAGAAACUGUUCGUUAGUUUGUUGUCAUCACUGCUAGUCGGCGCCAUGAUAACAAGUGUUUAAGGAUGUGAGGAGUAAAACCAGGUUUAGUUUCACUUACCUGUAAAUAAUUCAUACACCCUCUUUAAUCUGUCAUGGGAUUUUUACACGCAGGAACGUCAGAUGCUUGAGGCGAGUUAAUCGUACAUUUACAAUGUUUCUUUUCUGUUCUAUUUCACCCAUUCUAUUCUAUUCUAUUCUUUUAUUUUCUAUCCAUUCUUUUUUUAAUCUAUUCUAUUGUUACAUUCUAUUCUGUCACAUUCUAUUCUUUUAUUUUCUAUCCAUUGUUUUUUUUUAAUUUAUUCUAUUGUUCCAUUCUAUUCUACUCUUAUCCAUUCCAUUCCAUUCUAUACUAUUCUAUUUUUCUUUAUUCAAAUAUUUUAUAUUAAGUUCUAUUCUAUUCUAAUAAAUGUAGAUAUAGUUGUUUGUAGGCUGUGUCUGGUUAAAUUAGCAUAAAAACCACUUAACUUUAACACUGUCUAACCAGCACAGGCCUGUAAAUGUUAACAUGUAAGGGGAAUUGAAGGUUGGCGUUAUCUCUACAUAGCAAACUAAUUUGUAAUUUCUACUAAAAUUGCGUUAAUUUUCCUCGUUUUCUCGGAGUGUGUUCUAUCCUGGACUUGUUCAUAGAUCUGUCAAUGUAAAGAACUGAGAAAUGACGCCAGGGGACAUGGAACAAAUUGGCCAUGACAGGGAAAACACACAAGGAAAAAUUACACACAAUUCAGGCGUAAAGAGACACAAGUGGGUGUAAUAAGAGUGGCUUUGUUCACAGGGUGGGAAACACAAGAAGCAGGAUCUGAAAGACAGAAACAAUCUUGAAAACAAAAUCAAUGAGACCUCAGUAAACCUGACCGAGUGGUUCUAAGGUUCUAGAUCCUGUUAUUGAGUAUUUGAUGAUCUUUUUAAUGUGUCCUCAGGUCUGAGCAGUUUGGAGGUGAAAGAGAACCAGGAUGAUAAACAACCUGAUGACUGUGACCCUCUACGGAAAUAUCAUCCAUCAACAUUUUGCUCGACUCUCCCCGCACACAGACCCAGAGCUCUGAAGAGGACGCAACCUUUGGUGGACGGAAGAGACCGUCUGCUGACCUGUAAAAGAGCGGCCUGGGCCAUCACUCAGAAGAACGCUCUGGUGCAGCUCAACGAGUUACGACCCGGUCUACGAUAUGAGAUCGUGUCAAAGACCGGUCCGCUGCACGCUCCAGUGUUCUCUGUGGCUGUGGAGGUCAAUGGUUUCUACUUUGAGGGCGUUGGGCCAACCAAAAAGCAGGCCAAGAUGAGGGCUGCAGAAAUGGCUCUUAGCUCCUUCAUCCAGUUUCCAAACGCCUCCCAGGUUCACGCCACGAUGGCGGACUUCACCAACACCCAAACAGACUUCACAGUGGAUAUCCCAGAAACUUUCUCCAAAGACUUUGAGCCAUCACUGCAGGAGAACUUCAACCUCCUGCAUUCCAAUGCAGCAAAAAAGACACAGUUCUCCAGCAUUUAUAACCACAGACGGAUCCUCAGACUCACCCUGGACUUGACCUCCUCAGCAAACCCAAAAAGACGAGUCCUCGGCACCUCACUUUUGGAGCAUCUCAGUCCUGUGAUACUUCUGAACGAGCUUCGACCAGGACUCAGGUACAUGUGCCUGACGGAGAGGGUCCCCGGCAAGCCGAUGAGGAAUUUCAUCAUGGUGGUCCGGGUGGAGGGGAUAGUGUUUGAAGGAUGCGGUCACAGCAAGAGGCAGGCCAAGGCCCGGGCUGCUGCAGCGGUCCUGGAGACCAUCUACAACUUUAGUCUGGGACUGGAACGGAAGAUCACGGGUAUGCAGGGAAGCAGAGCCAAGAAUCAGCUACCUCAGGUGAGUAUCCCGACCUUCUGUUACCAACUCUGAGAGCACAGAUCAGGUCCAGAACUGGUGUUGGCCGCACCUGUCAGGGUAUCGAUAAAGUAACCAUCAAAUGACAGCCUGUUACAGCUGGGAUGGAGGAGAUUACCUUCUACCUGCUUUUGCUCUCCACAUAUCCUACAAACUAGACAAGCUGCUGACACUCAACUGGACAACAACACCCAGACAGAACAUUUCCCCAAGUGAUAAUCCCAACCCCUGAGUCCAGGUUUUAGGUUUUUAUGUAGAAAUUGUAACCAGAGAUGGGCAGGAUGCUAACAUUUUGAUGCCUUGGAUUCAAACUAAAGUUUUUUUUUCUGACGUUGUGAUAAGACGACAAGUCGUUAAGUCGUUUUGAUUCAGCUCUCAUUUUCCUAAAAGCCUCACUGUCUGAUCAUUUAGCUUCAUCCUCCUCGUCUUCGGUACGAACUGUCUGUCAGGCGGCGUGACGCUUUAAUGAACAUUAUUACAGCACAUUAGAGAUGAAGGAGGAGCGGCGGCAGACCAAGGAGACUGAGGUGGAGCGAGAAGGCGGUGUGAAGAGCAUAAUAAUCUGACGGAUAAUUGUUUAACACACUCAUUACACACGACCUUGUGCCACUGUCAUCCAGAAAAUGUCGAGCAAGAGAGACACACCUGCUCUUACAAAACGAGAAGAGAGAGACAUUUAAGCUACAGGCGGUUUCACACAGAGGUCAUGUCCCGCUUCUAUGUUCAGGAGUUUUAGGCGGUUAAUGACAUGAAGAGUGGAUAUUUUACACAUUUAUACCAGGAGCUAUUUCUGACUCUGAUCAUGAACAUCAUGAAGACUUCAGAGACCGCUCAUUGACCCUGUAAGUUUAAGCAACGAGGAACUAUUCCAACUCCAGAACCAUGAAGUUUUCUGGGAGGCCAUGGUUUCCAGAGAGAAUUUGGACAGUCUGGGUCUGGAGAAAUGGCCAGUGUUUCUGGAUCACAUUGAUGUAUGGUUUCUAAAUGGUUUUGAGCAAAUUCAGCGACUUCCACUCCAGAGUCAUGUCUAUUUUUUAAGUUAUGUUUUUGGGCAUUUUGGCAUUUCUUACUGGUUUCUUCUGUGCAUGGUAGCUGUGUGAAUUCAGACAAUGAAUUCUAGAUGUGGUUCUCAGCCUAUGCAGCGACUUCCACUACAGAGUCAUGUCUGGGUCUUUUUUAAACUUAUAUAUUUGGACAUUUUUUCCUUUUGGUAAGAUAGGACAGCUGGAGAAAGACAGGAAAUAUGGGGAGUAGCAAGUCGAGGAAGACACGCAGUAAAAGGUUGUGACCAGGAAUCAAACCGGCUACUCCUGCAAUAAGGACUACGGCCUUGAAGUCCAGGAUACUUAGAUUGAUGGGCUAUAAGCGAAUCUUUGAUUUUGAUGUCCUGUACAUAAUGAAGUCUUUGUGGUUUUACACAGAGGAACACUAUUCUGAAAUUGUUGAAGUAUUUGCUCACGCAGUUUCUCACAGAGUAGCAAACUUUAAACCUUGAACUUGUUGCUACUCAACUUCAUUGGUUAGGAGAUGUUCCUUCAGGUGUUUGUUUCAGUGUUACACAACUUUUUCAGUGUUUUGUUUUCCUGUCCCAAUUUUUUGACACUUUCAUUCAACAUUUUACUCCGAACUCCGAACUUCUUUGAAUUCGGGAUCGUAGAAGAAACUUGAGAAAUUUUGCAAGAAGGGGUUCCACUUCUCUGUAGGGGUCUGGGCAUAGCAAAGUGUGUAAACAUUAUUAUUCUGAUUUUACACCACUAAGUAAAUCUUGACAAAACAAACUACACUCCUUAUUAAAGCUGCAUAAAACAUGAAAUCUGAACAAUUUUCUCUGAUAGGUGUGAUGAUCAUGUAUGAGUGAAUACUAACGUUUGGACGAUCAGUGGAAGUCCAGUUUACUCACCCCCACUCAAAAUUUAUCUAACAUGAAUUAUUUGAAGCUCAAUUUGGACCCUCAAAUAUUUCAUCUGCUUCCUUCACAUGAGGCGGUCUUAUGUUGUUUUAAUUAUUCAACAGACAAGGUGGAAAGAGCCCCAAUGUACAUGAUCUUGUCAAGAGCGUACCAGACAGUCCUUUGAUUAGGUCCCUACACAAUUGUCUUGUUUUGGUGCAACUCCUGACGUGUUUUGGACCAUUUAAGCCAAAAUACUCUGCCUGUAACUACAUGAUGUCAAAGUCCUCGUCUUUCUUCUCCAGUUUUUUGCAGAGUCGAUCUUCAACCUGGUGAAAGAGAAAUACUCAGAGCUGACAGACAGUCAUCGCUUUACCUCGAACGCCCGUCACAAGGUCCUGGCAGGAAUCGUAAUGACCAGAGGUGAGUUCUGGAGACACAACGCUCUGAACUCUUGAUAUGAGUGUCUCUCAUAGAUUGUUAAAGAAGUAUCAGCCUCUUUUACAUAUGGACGAGUCGGACCUGAGUCAGCCUUCAAUCAAGGUGACACAAGGUAUAUAGAAAGUCUAGUCUUGGACCAUGACCGAUCAAUGAUUCCAGAGAAGAGGGAGACUCUGCCUCCCAUACUACUUUGAGAGACACUGAGUUCCAAAGAUGAGUCUGUAUUUUGGGAGUAUGAUUGGUCCCAUGGUUUAGAUCCAGGUGACACCAGUGGACGAGUCUUCUUCUUCCCAAUCUACUUUCAGAUGCCAGAAGGUUUCAGAUUUGACAGAUUCUUCCAGUCUUGACCUGGACAAAGGGUGAACUUACGUCAGCAGCUAACAGCAGCACUCUGUCCAGCUUCAGGACAUCAGGAAGACAGAGAACUUUGAGGGGACUCUGAGGGGAGUUGCUGUCUCUUUGAUUGGACGUGAUCGUUGGACACUUGCUUGCUGUUAGCUCACUGUGUUUGCACGACAGUGAUUAUCUCCAGAGAAGUGUUGAAAGUUAGAAAGAAGGGAGGAGCACUACACUUGAUAUCAUUUUUCUGAACUUUGAUGUAAUAUCUUGAAUUAUAAGAGGACUUUUGAGUAAAAAUCUCUUAACAGAUGGGGGUGAAAGUAUUUUCUCCCCUCAGUUCGGACGUCAAAGUGUCUGAGUCAUUCUUUCCCAAAGUAUCACUGCGAUUCAAACAUGAACGUCACCUCAGAUUACCCUGCAGAUCCAGAGGGGAGACAGUCAUCCUCGGUGCCCUGUGAAUCUUUGAUGAGGCCAGAUUGCAACACAAAAGCCUGUUUUUGAGACACCACAAUGAUUGUUCCGUCAUACACUUUUCAUUAGCUUGUCUCAGCCCGUUAACGCUCUGCUUGUCACCGGCGGAGGAGAAGAAAUGCUUUGUUUUUCCAGUCCUGAGAGUCAGAUGUUUUAACUGCGUCGUGUCGGAUGUCUCAUUUCAUCGCAGCGGAGAUCAUUUGUUCAACAUGUUGAGAAAAUCCUGAGCUGUUACGAUAAUCUGUUUCACUCGUCUGUUUCUGUCAAUCUUCUCCGUCUCUUUCCUGGAUGUUUUUUAAGGGUUUGACCUCAGAUCUGCUCAGGUCGUCUGUCUGGCCACGGGGACAAAGUGUUGGGACUCAAAUAACCUGAGCGACCUCGGUGGGACUCUCAGAGACUGCCACGCUGAGGUCAUCUGCAGGAGGGCGCUGGUUCGAUUCCUGUAUGCUCAGCUGGAGUUGCUGCUCUGGUAUGAACCACAGAUCAUCUACAAUAUAGAUGUCACUCAUUAGUUUCUGUUUCCCAACAAUGAUAGAUGCCAUAUUGGAAUUGCUGACUCAACUUAAAUUGAGUCUAUAAACAGGCAAAGAGGUGGAGUUACAGUGGCUUAAAUAAACAAUGGUUGCUGAUUGCGUUGCCUCUACUUGUCAAUCAAAUUAGCCCCGCCCCAUAAUCAUACCAAACCCUUGAGCCUGGCCAACAUCUCGUAUGUUGCACAGGCAGAGCUGGUCAUGUUUCCGUUAAUUCAUCAAGUGGUAAUCAAUAAUUUAAGUAACUUUUAAUGUUUUAAAUCAGUUUUCUUUAAGUUCCUCGCUGCGAUGUGUAGGUCAUAAACGAUUGGCUCUUUCGAAGCAGCUCUUGUACAUGAACGAUGCCGUUCUUUGUAGUUCUGUUCUUGCGAGGGCCAGAUGAUCUGGAUCAAGUAGAAAUUGUCUGAAUUCCCAUUUUAAGGAACGAGAUUAGGAGAUUGAGAAUACAGAAUCUUCGUGGUUUCCUAAAAAGCUCGUCUGUUUCUGUCUCUUUCCUCUGAAGUAAGCCAACACACUGUGAGGAACAAUCCAUCUUUGUACCAAAUAAAUUUGGUGGUGAAAGUGGCGGCAGCUUCUUCAGAUUACAAGAUGGCGUCCUCUUCCACAUGUACGUCAGCUCAUCGCCGUGUGGAGACGCUCGACUCAACUGUCCCUACGAGAGCUCAGCUACUCGUAAGAACACUUUAAGCUGACGGUUUAACAAAGACCCAUGACUUAUUUUUGUUUCUGAGCUCCCUCGGUCUUCUGUCUUUGUGUCAGUUCGCAGCCGCAGAUUUCGUUGUCACCUCAGAGUGAAAGUGGACGGCGGCGAGGGGACGCUGCCUCUCACAGCAUGGACAGCAAAACAGAAAAUAAGUAGUGUCUCUUUCGGCAAACCUCUGGUCACCAUGUCCUGCACCGACAAGAUGGCAAAGUGAGUUUUUAACAGUUUUAAGGAUCCAGAGAGUGAAAGUCAGCAGAAUCCACACGUGUUCUAAACUUGUCUCAUCAGAUGGAGCGUUUCAGGCCUUCAAGGGGCCCUCUUGUCUCACCUGUUGGAGCCGGUGUACCUGCACAGCCUGACCGUGGGAACCCUCGGCCACACGGGUCACCUGAGCCGAGCCAUGGCACGCCGCCUCGCACCCGUCAAACAUCUACCGUUCCCCUACAGGAGACAGCAGCUGCUGCUCGGCUGUAGGUCCAAAAGUUUCCUUCUCGGUCUGCCUUGAAAUCCAGAUUCAAACUCAGUUUGAAGUAUGGUCGCUGUUUAAUUUCAUUUCAGAAGUCUGUAGGCAGUCUUCGAUGAGUUAUGUCUUCAUUUCAGCAACCAAUCAGAGGCUGUAUCUGUGAUCAGAUGACCUGUAGCGGUCAAAUAGUCAAAACAUAACAGGACUUUUCCUGGUCAGCUUGGCUCCGUUGUUCAAAAACUAGUCUGGGAACUGGAACCAAAGCUAGACCAUCAACCCCUGAAGACGGGACCAAGCAUACUUCAUGGUUUCUGUGUUGACUCAGUAGUUGGGUAUCUUGGUUGUCUCAUGAGGUUUCUCUUGUGGCCCAGGUCUAAGCAGUAGUGAUGUCCGACCGGCAGGGAAAGCACCAAACUGGAGCCUGAACUGGAGCUGCGGCGAUGAAGGUUUGGAGGAGAUCAGCACCUCCACAGGAAGGAGGAAGGACUCAGGGAUGCCGUCACGGCUCUGCAGGCGCUUCAUGUUCACCCGCUGGUGGAGGCUGCAGCAGCAGGUGAGUCAGAGACUCGCAGAGACCUGAAACUUUGUAGGGAUGCAGGCUCAGGCAAUGAGGGGAAGAUCCAUGAAAAAUUGCUGAAGAAGCUCUUUUUUAGGAGACUGUCUUUGAGAUAAUGGAAGUGGACGUCUAAUCAAUUAGUAAAACGCCAAAGAAAUGAGUCAAAGAGACAUGUGAGUCCAUUAAGUUUGAUUGCUGGUUACAAAUAAGCCAAGACAGGUCCAGGUCCAGGUCUAGAUUCAUCUGCACAUAGAAGCAACUGGUCUGAACAAGAAUAAAGAAUAAAAUAGUUUAAAGGCAGGGUUUUUAAUUUCUGUUUUUAGUGCUGAUGGAGCCGAAACAGAGCAGACGGCCUUGUUUUAAAAUGUGAUGACGGCAGACAGAGCUGUAAUUAUUUACCAAAGCAACUGGACCAGAGUGAGAAAGAAGUCUGAAGUAUAACAAAGGCGAGACGGACCAGGAGAACUGCCGUGGUCUACUUUCUAAUGCUACAUUCAUUUGUGUAUUUGUUAAGUUGGUUGUUGGACUUUAAAUGUCAAGUUUAUGUUUGAUUUCCUAGUUGAACGGAAAGAUUACGAGCACAGACACACCUUCAGCAACAUAUUCCGCUUCCAAGAUGGCUGCCGAGCGCUACCAAAGGGCGAUGCAGCAGUUCACCGGCGCUCUGCAGAGUGGCGGGCUGGGAACUUGGCUCAGAAAACCCCCAGAAGUUUGCAACUUUAACGUCAGCGCAUGA